AUGGCUUCCACGGGAAUUUCGCCACCUCCUCAUUUUCUGGCCACCCCCGGCACGCCCGAUGUGCCAUGGGCCCGAUGGUUACGACUGUUCGAAAGGUUUCUGCUGGCGUCCGGAGCCAACGAGCUAUCCGCACCCCGUCGCCGAGCCCUCCUGCUGCACUGUCUUGGGACGGAAGGACAGCACAUUUUCGACGCGCUUCCACCUAGUACGACGCAAACCAAGGCAGAGACAACGAGUGCUGCACCCGGUGUCACGGCCACGCCAGAUGCCGCCGCUGGAAUCAUCGGAACCAUUGCACCUACUGGAACUCAAGACAUGACCACGGAAGCCCUACGCCCACCCGACGAGUACGACGUAGCCGUUGAGAUGCUUUCGAAGCAUUUCGCCGCCCCUUGCAACGUCCGCCUUCAACGCCAUCGAUUCCGGGAGCGUCCACUCCAGGCGGAAGAAAACCUGUGUGAACAGUUCGUAGCAGGCGUCACGUGCCCGCGGCUACGAGAGCGAUUGCUGCUGGAGGGCGAUAACCUUACGUUCGAUCAUGCUGUCGAUGUAGCACGGCUUCGUGAACAAACCCAGCGUGAAUCCGAAGCCUUCACCAAUCCUGUGCAGCGCAUUCAGCAGCAGUUGCGAGACAGCUCAGCCAGGCACGAUCAACGAAAUAACGGCGAUAAUGGCACACGACUCCCGGGCCGUCUCCACUUCAGCUGCUCACGCGCGUACAGCGCACCUUCACCUGAUAUGAAUGCCGCCGCCGCUGCUGUCUCCGGGCCUAGAAAUGUAAAUGCCUGCGGAAACUGCGGCGCAGCACGGUGUUCGCCUACGGAAUGUCCCGCGCGCGGUCGCACAUGUUUUGCCUGCGGACGCCGCGGCCAUUUUAAGAGAGCAUGUCGCAGCUACCGUCGCGGCCGAGAAGGGUAUUCUGCAGAGGUCCAGGAAAUCGUUCCGGAAGAGGAUGCUACCAGUGUCAUUAGCAUCUUGGCGGUCCGUACUGAAAAGAGCACAGGCGUCUACGUGGAUGUCAAUGUCACGUCAGUUACCGCGACGACACGGGUGCGUACCAUGAACUUUUUGGUGGACACAGGCUCGGUCGCGUCUAUUAUGGGUGAGCACCAAUUCCAAGGCUUGUUCGCAAACGCAGCACAACUGACAAGUUCCCAUCUUACAUUGCUGGAUUUUUCGCGCAGGAAGAUUCCCGUUCUCGGGUCAUUUCACGCCAUAGUCACAUACAAAGAAGCCAUUGUAACUUUUCAUGUUACGCCAUGUGGUACAUCUCUCCUUGGCCUGGAUGCGGUUCAAGCCCUUUGCCUUCGCAUAAUGGGAGAGGAAUUGCGCUGCCUGCAAAUGUCCACGCAGGAAUGCCGAGAGCUUCCAGCAAUGAGUUCAGGCCUUCCCCAAAGCCCCAGGCAUGAAAAACCCCUUGGCCCUCCCAAGUUUGGAAUGCCACCAACACUGUGGACAAAGUUUGGCCACUUGUUUUUGCCUGGCCUGGGACUUGUAAGAGGUGUGCAACACAAAGUUAAGAUGAAAACUUCCAUCGCGCCAGUCGCACAGAAGCUGAGACCCCUACCAUUUUCAGUCCGCCAGCCGGUCAUUGACGAGAUUGAGAAGCUACUUGCUGCUGAUGUCAGUGAGAGAGUCAAUGCUUCCGAGUGGGUAUCUCCUAUUGUAGCAGCCCGCAAAGCAGAUGGUAGCAUUCGACUGUGUGUCGAUCUCCGGGAACCCAACAAAGCUAUAGUAGCAGACAACUUCCCUUUGCCUCAUAUGGAGGAGCUGCUUCAUGCCCUCAAUGGAGCCCGCUGCUUUUCCAAGGUGGACCUGGCAUCAGCCUACUACCAGGUUGUGCUGCACCCAGACAGCAGGGACCUAACUUCAUAUAUAACUCACGAUGGCCUCUUUAGAUUCAAGAAUGACAUAAUAAUUUUUGGCAAGACGGAGAGCGAACACAGGCAAAACCUGGAGCAAGUGCUGGAACGAAUAGCAGAAGCUGGGCUCAAGCUCAACGAAAAAUGCGUCUUCAUUUCGUCGGAGCUGUCGUUCUUAGGACAUCGCGUCAGCGCAGAGGGUAUAGCACCGCUCCAGAUCAAGAUUGAUGCAAUCAUCAAUGCUCCUGCGCCUAGAGAUGCAGCCACGCUACGCUCCUUUUUGGGGCUAGCUGAAUACUAUUCCGAAUUCGUGCCGCGACUGGCAAAGCAAGUAGAGCCAAUGCGUCGUCUACUUCGCAAAGACGUGCACUUCGACUGGGAUGACGCUGCGAAAGAGAGCUUCGCGGGAGUAAAAAGACUUCUAGCAUCCCACAAGGUCUUCCGAAUGUUUGACCCGACGCUACCUGUCAUUGUCGCAACAGAUGCCUCUGCGUACGGUCUCGGUGCCGUACUGCAGCAAGUGGAGGGGUCCCAUGUGCGUACUGUGGCAUUUGCAUCGCGGACAUUAACAGAGACAGAACGAAAAUACUCGGCCGGAGAGAGCGAGGUCCUUGCCUGUCUGUGGGCCUGCGAGAAGUGGCACGUUUACCUCUGGGGCAGAUCAUUUACUCUACUGACGGAUCACCAGGCUUUGGUGGCACUGCUCUCAUCCCGUAGCACAGGACAGCGGCCACUUCGUAUUGCAAGGUGGACCACACGACUGCUGCGCUACGACUUCAAAAUACAGUACCGCAGCGGAGCCCACAACCAGGUAGCAGAUGCCUUGUCCAGACUGCCCGUGCCAGACACAGAAGGGGGCUUCCAUGUUGAUGAAGAGGUUGUGUCCUUGGUUACAUCGUCUGUACAUCGGGAGAAUCUUCAGGUUGCUACCGCGGAGGAUGACAUACUACGGCAGGUAAUGCAAUUUAUCCAGUCAUCAUGGCCAACAAGGAAAAGAUUUGCCGCUGAACUGACUCCGUAUUACGAAAUACGAGACGAGCUCUCGGUAGUAGAUGGGUUGCUUCUGCGCACAGAACGCGUUGUAGUGCCUGCCAAGCUAAGGGAUACAUUCAUCCAGUUAGCUCAUGAGUCACACCCGAGAAUUGUGAAGACUAAGCAGCGUAUCAGGGAGAAGUACUGGUGGCCUUGCCUUGAUAAGCAUGUGGAGGCCGCCAUCCGGAGUUGCAGCGCCUGUCAAGCCUCGGACAAGAGUGUCAAGAACUGGCAAGCCCCACUACAGCCUGUCCCGCUUCCUGACAGGCCUUGGGACAAAAUAUCAAUAGACAUCAUGGGCCCUUUUGAACGUGCACCGGCCGACUGUCGAUUUGUCAUCGUGAUAGGGGACUACUUCUCCAGAUGGCCAGAGAUUGCGUUCUGCAGUGACACCACUUCUCGCACGGUGAUCAACUUUCUGCUUGCUGUCUUUGCGCGAAAGGGUUACCCGACCGAACUAGUGUCAGAUCACGGCCGACAGUUCACGUCGAGUGAAUUCGAGUGCUUCCUUGCAGACAGGGGCAUCAAGCAUUUCUUCUCGGCAGUUUACCACCCUCAAGCCAAUGGCUUAGUGGAAAGAUUCAACAGGGUCUUGCAAUCGUAUAUACAACUAGCUCUCCUAGAGCAGCGACCAAUCAAGACCACAGUUAUAGAGUACCUGGGUAUUUACCGAGCCACACCCCACAGCGCCACUGGCAUCUCUCCGGCAGUGUUGCUUCAUGGCCGCCACAUGAGGACAUCAUUAGAUGUUGUUGGCCAGCCAUCAGCGGAUUUCUGCACCCAUCCCGCCCGUGAACUGCGUAGACUUCGGCGUCGUGUCUGCGAAUACCAACAAAGAAAUAAGGCGUAUGCAGACAAGCGAAGAGCAGCCCGGGAGCCCAAAUUUAAAGUGGGUAGUUUUGGGGCUCCACUCAAAAUACUGAGGCGGGUAGGACGAUGGUCAUUCCACUUGGAGGACGGCCGUACCUCGAAUGCCUCCCAACUGUCGGCUGUACCCCAUGAAGCUGUUCACAAAGAAACGGGGGCAAGACAAGGACCGCUGUGGGCGGACAUGGAGACAGACGGGUCGGCAGGAAACGCCACAGCACGAAAACCGUCCUCGAAGGCAAAGAGCCACAUGACCCAAAAUAUCCCAAUACAGGAAGCUGUACAGUCUCCGGGGGGGUCAGCACUGCCUCCUCAUACGCCAAGCCCACCGCGGCCUCCACCAACGGGGAACACGACCGCAGAACUGGGUGCUGAUCGUGCCGACGAACCAGAGGUCGUCCAUCAGCUAGAAGAGCAACCGGUGCCCCUCCAUCGCUCUACACGGGAGCGAAGACCACCAGAGAGACUCGGGGACUAUGUGCAGUGA